AUUUGGAUGCCGGGCGCGCGUCUCCCCCUCCCACACCUCCUGGGGGCCUGGCAGCGCAGCCCGGACUUUAUCUGCGCUCCUGGCCCGGCCCCGCUCCUUCCCGGCAUGCCCCGCUCGCCCAGCCGCCCGCCAGCCCCGCACCCGGACUUUGCCUUCUGCGGGGCGGGCGGCGGGGCUCGCAGGAGCUGCAGCCGGAGCCUUCAGCUCACGUGGGGGAUGUGACCAGGACUGAGACAGCAUGGAGACUGUGGUGAUUGUUGCCAUAGGUGUGCUCGCCACCAUCUUCCUGGCCUCAUUUGCAGCCUUGGUGGUGGUUUGCAGGCAACGCUACUGCCGCCCUCGGGACCUGCUGCAGCGUUAUGAUUCCAAGCCCAUUGUGGACCUCAUUGGUGCCAUGGAGACCCAGUCUGAGCCCUCGGAGUUAGAACUGGACGAUGUUGUCAUCACUAAUCCUCACAUCGAGGCCAUUCUGGAGAAUGAAGACUGGAUUGAAGAUGCCUCGGGUCUCAUGUCUCACUGCAUUGCCAUCUUGAAGAUUUGUCACACUCUGACAGAAAAACUAGUUGCCAUGACAAUGGGCUCCGGGGCCAAAAUGAAGACUUCAGCCAGUGUCAGUGACAUCAUUGUGGUGGCCAAGAGGAUCAGCCCUAGAGUGGAUGAUGUUGUGAAAUCAAUGUACCCUCCGCUGGACCCCAAACUCCUAGAUGCGCGGACCACUGCCCUGCUUCUGUCUGUCAGUCAUCUGGUGCUGGUGACCAGGAAUGCCUGCCAUCUGACUGGGGGCCUAGAUUGGAUUGACCAGUCACUGUCAGCCGCCGAGGAGCACUUGGAAGUUCUUCGAGAAGCAGCUCUGGCAUCUGAGCCAGAUAAAGGCCUUUCAGGGCCUGAAGGCUUCCUGCAGGAGCAAUCAGCCAUCUAGUGCCUGCUGGCCAGCAGUUGACCACAAGUGACAUCCUGCUGUCAUCCCUGGGUGGCAUAGGUGCCUUCUGCUUUUAUCUGUAGACUUAGCUGUUCUCCAUGACUCAGGAUUCCAGCUGCGUGCAUUGUAAAGCAGGGGCGCUCCGGUGGUGGAUGCCCCUAUUGCAGUUGCAAAUGGUGGCUGGUAAGUGGCAGUCUAUUACCACAGUUAGGGAGAUGGUAUUCACCAUCUGUGUAAAGUGCUUUGAAAAUUCCUGGUCUGUAAACAUUAUUUAGCUCACCUGGGGUUUUCAAGAAAAUUAAGCCACCAUCUAGGAAGCAGCUUUCAGUUUGAAAUCAGAUUUUCUGACUUCUCUUGCACAAUCAGAAGAUGAGGCAACUCUGACAUGCAUUUUCAAAAGAGGACAAUCAAUUGAGACUAAGUAAGAGUUGCCUCUUUUGAUAAGACCUGUAUUAUCUUACCUGGCUUGUUCUGUUUAUUUGUGCUAGUCACCUAGUCCCUGUGGCAUCUUGAGUUUCACUUCCCCUUCAAGGUUUAGUUUUAAAGGUGGACACUACAAUUGAUUAUGCCUUUUUUUGGUUGUUAUUUGUUUUGUUUUCUUUCAUUAUGCCUGCAAUUCUACCUAGCAACCACUAGGAGGAUAGUAAAUCAUUACUAGUUUUCCUACAA